GUUGAUACCUUUAUCAAUAAUGCCACUCAUCUCUUGAGUGCGUAUCCGUCGUCUACGGUGUCAAUCACUUAUACCAAGUCCAAGACCAAGCCGGGUAAUAUCACCAAGUUUAAAGUAUAUAAUCCACGAUCCAAUAAAAGCCUUAAAUAUAAAACCAAUAAAAUUAAAGAAUUUUCCAGGUUAUUAACAUUUUUAGGACCAAAUGGGGUUAAUAUUGAACUGAAACAUUCGGUUGGGUUAUCUAGUUUAAUGAGUAAUAAAAAAUUUGAA